AUGUUAAGCGGACCUCAGCCAUGUGAGAUUAAGGAUUCUGCAUCAGACUAUCCACCAAUCAUAUUCAAGAAGAACAGGCGAGAAUACAGGAAUAGCAGCCCACUUUUCGCUGCCCUCAGCCCUCAACCAGCCAAUGAGAUCACUGGAUCUGAAUCUGAAUAUCAUUACUUGAGCUGUAAACGAGCUGAACUUCAGCUGAACUUCAGCCGCAGUUCAACUCGUGGUCUUUUUAAACUCAACCUCUCCCUCUUCUGGUUUUUUCUCUUUUCAAGAACCAAACAUCAACACAAUAUCAAUAUUAACACCAACACCAACAACAUGACCAACGGCAGCUGGAGCGCCGAUCUCCCCAACCGAGAGCUAUUGACCGAAAAUGACAUGCAGCAAAUUGCGUCAAAUACCGAAAAUGGACUGGCUAUGCUCACAACCGCUCUGGACAGAAAGGAAGCCGGCUUCACUGUCACCGAGAAAGUAAUACAGGCAGCUGCCUCUAACGAGAAAUAUGCCGUGGAAAUCCUCGACCUCCUGAGGAAGAACGGAGGCGCGGAUGUGGCCAUCACUCCGGCGAUUGUGUGCGCGGCCGCAGGAAACUCGCUUGCUGCUGUGGAAUACCUGUUCCAACUCCCGGGACGAUCAUUACCUACUCUGGAAGACAGUCUGCUGGCAGCAGUUGGUCACGAAGACGAGGCUGCUGCGAAGAUGUGUGCGAAUAUCAUCAAGCAGUUCCCCGACGCCCGCGUCUCGAGUCGCGUUCUUGAAGCUACGGGCACGAAAGCCGAGGUUAUGAAGGUGCUUCUGGAUUUGCCUUGCGAUCCUCUUCCGAUUCAAGAUAUUCUUCGGCAAGUAGCACGUAACAGAUAUGGAGAUGCAGAAGCACAGGUGGUGCAGGUGCUACUCGAUCGCAAGCUCCUGGUUGUGGAUGAAUGGGUGAUGGAAACUCUGGCUGCAAAUGGAUCAGCCUUUGAGAUUGUUGUUUCAUCACAGCCCGACGCACCUAUCACACGUAAUGUCCUGCUAAAAGCAGCAAGCAUUGAAGAAUCCAUGGACGCACUGGUGGAAAACAGACCGGACGAUGUGGUUAUCACCGAAGAUGUGAUGCUCAUUGCAGCCCGUUCAAUGUAUACUACCGCUUCAGUUAUCGAAAAGACAGAACCAGCUGCAAUCACCACAAAGGUCGUGAAAGAGGCAGCAUACAACGAACAGCCCGAUGGCAUCAAUGGCUUACUUGGAGUGAAUCCUGACCUAGAUCUGCUCGCAAUCUGGGAUGAGAUCUGGCAGGAUGUGGAUGUCAGCCCCGAGGCAAAAUACCGCGCGACAAGGGCGAUUUUCCUUAACAGUGAUUUGGAAAUAACACCAUCCAAGCUACGAAACUAUCCCUAUGAUGCGGAAAAUAAAAAUAACUAUGGUCUUGACGAGGUGGUGCUGGAGGUUAUGGACGAUGACCGGAUCUUACCGAUAAACCAAGAAACGAUGGAAGUUAUCUUGGAAAGAUGCGACAAUAAAACCAUCCGAGAGACUCUGGAGGUCGAUGAAGACAUGGGGAUUACGCCCAGAUUGAUUGAAGCGGCGAAGAGGAACCAAAUUGCGGAUAAAGAGGAGUUGCUGUCGUUGCUUGAGAAGAGAGGUUAG